GUCUUGCUGAGCUUGCUCACAGAGAAUACCAAGCUGGAGAUUAUGAAAAUGCAGAGAAACAUUGUAUGCAGUUAUGGAGACAAGAGCCAGAAAACACUGGAGUUUUACUUCUACUAAGCUCAAUACACUUCCAGUGUAGGAGAUUAGACAGGUCAGCACACUUCAGUACUCUAGCAAUAAAACAAAAUCCGAUGUUAGCGGAAGCGUACUCAAAUCUGGGGAAUGUCUUUAAAGAGAAGGGUCAACUUCAAGAAGCUCUUGAAAACUACAGACAUGCUGUGAGACUAAAACCGGACUUCAUUGAUGGUUACAUUAACCUUGCUGCAGCUCUAGUUGCAGCAGCAGAUAUGGAAGGAGCCGUCCAGGCAUAUGUCACAGCUCUGCAGUAUAACCCGGACCUGUACUGUGUUCGUAGUGAUCUAGGGAACCUCCUGAAAGCACUUGGUAGAUUGGACGAAGCGAAGGCAUGCUACUUGAAAGCUAUCGAAACACAGCCUAAUUUCGCUGUGGCAUGGAGUAACUUGGGAUGUGUCUUUAACAGUCAGGGAGAGAUAUGGUUGGCUAUUCAUCACUUCGAGAAGGCUGUAACAUUGGACCCCAACUUCCUUGAUGCAUACAUCAAUCUUGGCAAUGUUCUCAAAGAGGCUCGUAUAUUUGACAGAGCUGUUGGUGCGUAUCUUCGAGCUCUACAGCUAAGCCCAAAUCAUGCGGUCGUUCAUGGAAACCUGGCCUGUGUUUAUUAUGAGCAAGGGUUGAUCGAUCUAGCCAUCGAUACAUAUAAGAGGGCUAUUGAACUACAACCACACUUCCCAGAUGCUUACUGCAAUCUUGCAAAUGCACUCAAGGAACAAGGAAAGGUUGCUGAGGCAGAGGAUUGUUACAACACUGCCCUGAGGCUAUGUCCAACCCAUGCAGACUCACUGAACAACUUAGCAAACAUCAAGAGAGAGCAGGGCAAUGUGGAGGGCUCCAUCCAACUCUACUGCAAGGCCCUGGAGAUCUUCCCAGAGUUUGCUGCUGCCCAUUCCAAUCUUGCCAGUGUAUUGCAGCAGCAAGGGAAAUUACAGGAGGCUCUAUUACAUUACAAGGAAGCCAUCAGGAUCUCACCGACAUUUGCCGAUGCCUACUCAAACAUGGGCAACACAUUGAAGGAGAUGCAGGAUAUCCAAGGUGCCCUACAGUGUUACACAAGAGCCAUUCAAAUAAAUCCUGCCUUUGCUGAUGCUCAUAGUAAUCUAGCGUCUGUUCAUAAGGACUCCGGAAAUAUACCCGAAGCCAUAGAAUCUUACAGAACAGCAUUGAAACUGAAGCCAAACUUCCCUGAUGCCUACUGCAAUCUUGCUCAUUGCUUACAAAUUGUGUGUGACUGGACAGACUAUGAAUCAAGGAUGAAGAGACUAGUAUCCAUUGUUGCUGAUCAGUUAGAGAAGAACAGGCUUCCAUCGGUCCAUCCCCAUCACAGCAUGCUGUACCCAUUAUCUCAUGGAUUCAGAAAAGCCAUUGCUGCAAGGCAUGGUAACCUGUGCCUUGAGAAGAUCACAGUCCUCCAUAAACCUGAUUUCAACCAUCCGAGGGACCUGACUGCCAGCGGUGGUAGGCUCAAGGUCGGCUAUGUCAGCUCAGAUUUUGGAAACCAUCCCACUUCUCAUCUCAUGCAGAGCAUCCCAGGAAAACACAAUAAAGAGAACAUCGAGAUUUUCUGUUAUGCUUUGAGCCCUGAUGACAGUACUUCUUUUAGAUCGAAAGCCAUGAAGGAAUCUGAACACUUUGUUGACCUAUCACAGAUCCAAUGCAAUGGCAAGGCUGCUGAUCGUAUUAGUGCUGAUGGAAUCCAUGUCUUGGUCAACAUGAAUGGAUACACGAAAGGAGCUCGUAAUGAAAUCUUUGCUCUCCGGCCAGCACCUAUUCAGGUGAUGUGGCUUGGCUACCCAGGAACCAGUGGGGCAUCUUUCAUGGACUACCUGAUAACCGAUUCCGUCACAUCCCCUAUGGAACUAGUCAGUCAGUACUCUGAAAAGCUGGCCUUCAUGAGACAUACCUUCUUCAUUGGUGAUCACUGGAACAUGUUCCCUCAUCUCCUGGACAAGGCAUUGAUCGAGGUCAAGAGCGGUAGCAGCAGGGACAAUGUGGCAGUUAUCAACUCCAUCAACCUCAAGGCCACACUGGAGAAACUAGGUGUCUCAGACAAGGUUGCUGUCAAUGGGGAAGUCCCCAAUGGUGAGAAGCUUCAUUUUCCUGUGAUUGAAAGCAACUCCUCUCAAGCUCUCAACAACCUCGUCCAAUCUGGCCAGGUUCAAGCUACCAUCAAUGGUGUCACUGUGUGUAAUGGACUUGCUCUCACACAGGUAGGCGAUUACAAGUUGAUUCCCAAGUCUGCGACUGGCGAAGAAGUUCCUUCGUACCCUCUGAUCACGACCCGUGCAAUGUAUGGACUCCCUGAUGAUGCCAUCGUCUUCUGUAACUUCAAUCAGCUCUACAAGAUUGACCCAGCUACACUCAGGAUGUGGGUUAAUAUCAUCCAGAAAGUACCAAACAGCGUGCUGUGGCUGCUCCGCUUCCCAGCUGCUGGUGAACCCCACCUACUGGCCACUGCCACACAACUAGGCAUGCCCAAAGGAAGCUUGGUCUUCUCGGCAGUAGCAUCUAAAGAGGAACAUGUGAGACGUGGCCAGCUUGCCGAUGUUUGUCUGGACACGCCCCUCUGCAAUGGACAUACAACUGGCAUGGAUGUACUGUGGGCAGGCACACCUAUGAUCACUUUACCAGGUGAGACUCUUGCAUCACGUGUUGCUGCCUCCCAGCUUCAGACCCUAGGCUGUCCUGAACUCAUUGCCAACUCCAAGCAAGAAUAUGAAGACAUUGCAAUCAGACUUGGAACAGACAUCAAGUUCCGUCAACACAUCCGUGCCAAGGUUUGGAGAAGGCGCAUCGAGAGCCCCCUCUUCAACACCAAGAUGUAUGCCCAAAGCUUGGAGCUCCUCUAUGCCAAGCUCUGGGAGAAAUAUGAAAAGGGGGAGCCAUGUGAUCAUGUAGACAUGUCGGCUAUGAACCCCAUCAAUGGGAAAAUUGACACAAUCAAGAAUUGAAUGACAUAUAAUUGGUGACAAUGUGAAGUAUGCUCCAUGGCCGCCACCCUUUUUAUGGGCCAGAAAGGAAAUUCAUAUACAUGCACGGGUACCUUUGCUGUUAGGCAUGUUAGAAUAUUAUACAAUAUAUAUAUUUUGCAAGUGACCGUUCAUUAUUUUCGCAGCGCAUUAUUUCCGCAGCGCAUUAUUUCUAGCAGUUGUAUGAAUAGAACUUGCGAAUCCCGAAAUUGAGCUUUGUAAAAGCAAGAUCUGUACGUCGUAGCUAUUAAAUGUGUGUUGAAUUUCCAUGAAUUUCAAGUUUCAUCACUAUUAUUAUUUGAUAUUGAAAAUAUAUAUUGUAUACAUUUUGUUGCUGAAACAAGAUUUAAAAUGGGAGUUGUUGAAAUGGAAAUAUAAUUAUGUAGUGAUCUAUCCCACUUAAUCUUGUGCCUUUUAUUUAUUUUAUUUAUUCUGUCAAUCAAUAUCAGCAUGACAGUGAAGAAGAAAGUUCCAUUUCCAAGAAUUGACAUCAAACUUUCAGUUUGAUAUGCUUGCUGUAUUUAGCUGCAUACUUCAAGUGAUUUUUGCAAAGUAUGGUUAUAACAACUUGUGAGAAAAUUUCAUGAUAGGAAUGUGAAAGUACUUAUGAAUAAUAAGAAAAAAAAAGAAGAAAAUUGUUGUUUUAAAAUCUACAAGGUUACUCCCAGAUUGAGAAAGCAUUUUAUGUUCAAAGUCAUUUUCUUUUAGUUUGCUGCAAGACAUUUCUUCAUUCAAAUCAUCAGCUGUUUAUAGAGAAUAAUUGAAUAUUAGUUGAUAGUUUAUUUCUCUUUUGUCAUCCUAUAAAAAUAAUUUGAGUUAGAUUAAUUUGGUAUUCUAUGAUUUGAACUGUAAAUAAGAUCUCUAUUUCAUAGAUGUUGCCAUAUAUCAUUUUAUUUGUGUACUUUUGUGCACACACACUAUCAAUCCACGUGUAUAUCUGCUUGUUCAUCAUUAAUGUGUUUAUUUAAUUUUAGUCAUGUUUUGUCUUUUCCUGCUCAGUACAAUUUAGGCUGUUUACAUGUAAAAAAAAAUGGACGUACAUUUUUUUUCCCUGAAAUUGAUAAUGCGAGGUGAAGUUUAUAAUAUAAUGCUGGAAAAAAAAACUACACUUCAUAUUUCUUGUAAAUUAUGAUUGAUAAUCGGCAUUCAGUAAGGCACUACAAUUUUAUUUGAAAAGUGAGUAUUGUAGGUGACCAGAUGGUCUUUGUACAGAAUUUAAAUUUGUAAAUAUUAUGUAUCUAUAAUGAAAUAGGCAGAUUUCGAUGUGCACGAUAUUCAUGAUUAUGUCCAAGCACUUUUGCUUAAUUUGAAAAGGAUGAUAGAAUAAGUUUCAUGGUAUUUGAAAAGUGCUUUGUGUCAUUGUAUGUUAGAGCUAUAAUUUUCAAAUUUUUAAAUGAUAAUUAUUGUUAGCUCCUUAGGGAAGUUACGCUUUGAUGAAGGUGAUUGGGUGUUUGCUACUUUGCUGAUGUGCAUCUAUAUCAAUGUCAUAUUAAAAAUGUUGUUAUCCCACAA